UUAAGCUAAAGACAGAAAGCCAGAUAUGGGUGAGAUCAAAGUCAGACGCGUACUCCUCCUCUCUCUCAUGUUCCUCUUCUUCUUCUCGGAAACUAUUCUUUUGUGUUCAGCUAACGAGCAUGGCUCAAGGAAUCUUGCAGUGGUUAUGAGAAAAGGGGUAAAAUACAGAGGGCCUAGCAAUCGAAACUCAACAUCCUCAGCUUCAACUCUGACGUUCCCAAGCUCCUUCCAUAUGGGUGCUGUUUCCUCUUUCGUCCUCGCUCUCCUUUUAUAGUUUCUGUUUGUAUAUGAUUGUGAUUUAAAGAUACAUAGUGAUUGCAUUUUAUGUUUUUUCUUUAAUUUUGUCUGUUUAAUUGGUUAUGUAAAUAUAUAUCAAAUGGUCUCAAACUCUGUUUUUAACUCGUGUGUUCCAUUACGUAUUCUUUCUUGUCAAUAAUAAAAACAAAAGCGUAUCGUCACCAGUCUUCUCGGUUAUCCAUUGCAUGAUUCUAUAAGCACCUCAUGAGAGCCUGCCUGUGCCUGGUCACUGCAGUUGCGGCUUCGAAUUUGUUAAGACCAAACGACGACCGAGAUGACUCUAGCUAGUAGCUAUUAGUGACUCAGAACCAUUGGUUCAUGUCAUGUGCAUUCGCAGGUUUUGGUCACAUGUGAGAAAAUAACGUUUUCAAAGGUGUUACUAUUUUGGGCGUACUUGUUUAGAGUUUCUCGCACGAAUUUGUCUUUUUCAACAAGUGUCGCCUCUACACGUACUAUUGACUAUUGACUCUUGGACUGAUUCUAUAGUUUUUUUUGUGUCGACCGAUUCUGUAGUAUUAUAUGGUUGCCGAAUUAAUAUUGCUUUUUGGUGUUGAAAUGAGCAAAUUAC